AUGCGCCUGAGCCUCCUCGUCGUCGCCGCUGCGGCCGCCGUCGCGUCGGCCACCAAGGUCAUCCUCCCUCUCUACGAGUGGAGCGAGGACUGCUGGCCAGAGCUUCAGCAGGCAGCCGCCGAGAACCCGUCCCUCGAGUUCAUCCUCAUCUUCAACCCUAACUCGGGGCCCGUCACCGACCCGACCGACCCGUCCAUGUACUGCGUCCCUCGCCUGCGCAAGCUGCUCCCGACCUCGACCUUCAUCGGCUACGUCCCGACCGGCUACGGCGACCGCGCCGCCGCCGCCGUCAAAGCCGACGUCGCGACGUACAAGAAGUGGAGCUCGAUCAAGGUCGACAAGGCCGGCUCGACCGCCAAGCUCGACGGCAUCUUCUUUGACGAGGCGGCGUGGGACCCGACCAAGACCAACCUCGCGCUCUACUCGGGCUACGCCAACGCCGUGAGGGCAGCUUUCGGCUCCAAGGGCAAGAGCACGGUCGUGUUCAACCCGGGCACGGUCGUCAGCGCCAACUUCUACAAGUACGCCGACAUCGUCGUCUCGUUCGAGACGUACGCCAACGAGUGGAAGGGCACCGCCUCGCUCCCCUCGUCCGCCCUCGUGCCCAAGUCGGCCAUCAUGCUCCACACGUACACGGGCAACGCCUCGACCGCCCUCGCGGCCACCGUCCGCCAGAUCGUGCCGCGCGCCGCCGCCGUCUUCAUCACCGACGUCUCGCUCGACAAGGAGGACGUCUACAAGCGCUUUGGCGCCAACUGGCUCGCGUUCUGCAAGGACGUCGCUCGGUACAGCGCGUGA